AUGGUGAAGAGUAUUAGCCAAUGCUUUGUGAAUUUAGAUGGAGAUAAAAAUGUAUACAGACGCUCGGAAUAUGUUAAAGGAAGAGUAACUCUGAACGUGGAAGAAAAUAUUCAAAUUAAAGCUGUUAGGGUAUAUCUGUAUGGUGAAGCUUUAACUAAAUGGGAUAUAUUUCUAGAUCGGAGCAAUCGCGAAAACAUUGGUCGGGAGAAAUAUGUUGGGCAUUAUGUGACAUUUCAUAACUAUCAACAGUAUGCAUUUUUCUAUAUUUUCUUUUCAGCCGGUACAAAUAACCCUCCAGUGACCUUAGUAAAGGGAAAACAAACAUAUAGAUUCACGUUUAAGCUUCCAGACCGGGUUCUACCAUCAUCCUUUGAAGGGGAAUACGGUGCUGUACGAUAUUGGUUAAAGGUUUUAGUAGACAGACCAAUGUUUAAUCUUAAUAGAUCUUGGUAUCGAGCCUUCACAGUUCUACAUAACAUUGAUAUAAAUACGACUGCUCUGAAGGUACUUCGGACGUAA